ACAUAUACGCAUUUACAUUAUCAGAGAUAAUCGAAUUUUAAAAAAAGAUAAGUAAAUAGGUGUAAAGUUAUUACAAGAUUGCCGGAUUGUUAAUGUAGCAUGAACGAAUUCGGUACUUGUUCGAGUGAGAGAUGAGAUAAAAAACGUGAGCGAAAUUCGUUCCAGGUCAAAGUAUACAAAGUACAGGGUCACUCUGUAGUAAAAAUGAAAAUUGAGGAGCUGCAAGUGUCUGCUCCUUGGGGAGAAAUAGCGAUUAAGUUAUGGGGAGAGAAAGAGGAUCCUCCAAUCCUGGUCAUCCAUGGUGUAAUGGACAAUGUUGGAUCCUUUGAUAGGCUAAUAUCAAUGCUUCCGAAGCACUACUACUACAUAGGGAUAGAUCUGCCUGGACAUGGAAAGUCCUCACACUGGGGAGGCAGUCGUCUAAUUAACAGUUUGGAUAACCUGCUGGUGUACAAAAUUGUUGCAGAUUAUUUCGAUCGGAAGAAGUACAUGAUCCUGGCACACAGCUGGGGUGGUCAACUGGGAUUCUUCUUCGCACAAAUCUAUCCAGAGUAUGUGACGAAAUUGAUCAUGUUGGAUACGAUUUACCUGUACCCCACCUCGACAAGAUACUUGAAAGAGCACAUCAGAAACGCCCACGAUCAGUAUUUCGAUAUAACGAGAAAGUUCAAGACGAGAAAAGCGCCAGAGUACACGUACGAAGAAGCGCUCGACAAGUUGAUGCACAGCAGAAGGUACAAUGUGAUAAGUCAGGAAGCGGCUGAGCCUCUGCUGAAGAGGAUCGCGAUUCCUUUGGAAAACGGUAAAAUCAGACUGUCCGUGGACCAGAGUCUCAAGAACUUUUUCAAUCCCGUAUUCGACUUUCGAUAUUUGAGUGAUUUCAUCAAGAAACAUCCGGUUCUGUGUCCGGUGCUGAUCGUCCUGAGCACAGAAUCUGACGGCCAAAACAUCUACUUCAAACGCAUCAUCAAUCAGCUCAAGUCUUAUAAGAAUAUUAAAAUUAAAUUGGUCGCUGGAAACCACGACGUGCACAACGAAAAUCCGGAACGAAUCGCACCGUUAGUAACCGAAUUUCUACUCAGGGAAAACAGCAAAUUGUGAUAUUAACGCUGGUCUUGGGCGAGGGUUAGAUGUGUUAUUUAAUAUAUACAGUUUUUAUUUCAAUAAAAUACUUAAC